AUGAGGCGAACCAUAAUCUCAUUCGAGAUCCCUCCCGCUACUCUCGGGAUGUUAGACACUGCAAGUCAAGCUAAAGGAUUCACUGAUCUACAACGUAUGGAGAUUGGACUUUUCGUCUCUGUUCUGAGCUUGGCAGCUGCAGCUAUCGUUGAGACGGUUCGGUUACGGUUGGCACGAGAUCUUGAUCUGCUUGAAAAUUUUGCAAUCGGUUUCGUGUGA